AUGCCGAUGCAGACCAUCUGUCCCUACUGCGGGAACACCAUCAUCACGGUGACCUCACACGUUCCAGGCGUCCUCUCCUGGCUGCUGUGUAUGGGCCUCUUCGUGUUCGGGUGUGCCCUGGGCUGCUGCUUCAUCCCCUUCUGCGUCAAGAGCCUGCUGGACGUGAAGCACUCGUGCCCCGUGUGCCAGCACGAGCUCUUCUGCCACCACCGCCUGUGA